AUGCCACCACCAAAAAGUAAUGUGUGGAUUUAUUUUGAAAAGGUUGGACCUACAUCAGCGAAAUGUAAAAUAUGUUUCCAAACUUUUAAAACGUCUGGAAAUACCUCUAAUUUGGCAAAACAUCUACAAUCCAAGCAUUCAAACAUCAUAAAUAAAUCAGAGAAAGUAAAGGCAUCUCACAGAUGGUGGAGCUCGUUCUUCAAAAAUAACAAGUGCCUUGAUAAUAGGCCAAUAAAUAUAGUAGAAGGUGUUGGUUUUAAGAGACUAAUAAAAGAACUUGCUCCCUUAUAUAAAGUACCUAGCAGGGAAACGUUUAAAAAACUCAUGGAUACUAAGUAUGAGGUUAUAGCCAAUCUUUAUAAAACAAAAUUUUCAGAAAUAAGUCAUUUUUCUGUAACAUGUGACGUCUGGAGUGAAAUGAUGUCUUGUCGCAGUUUUUUAGGUGUAACUGUGCACUUUAUAGAAGACCGAAAACUAACUUCGGUUUCUAUUGAUCUAUCAGAAUUAUCAGAACGUCACACCUCUGAUUAUAUAUCUACCCAGCUUUUAGAAAUUUUAAAUAGGUGGAACAUUGAUCUUGAAAAAGUGGAAGCUGUGGUUACAGAUGGUGGUACCAAUAUGCUGAAGGCAAUUAGUGAUAGCUUUCUAAAGAUCAAACAUGUUCCCUGCUUUGCUCAUUUAGUAAAUUUAGUUGUCGAGCAUUCUUUAGAAAACGAGGAGACAAAGUCAUUAUUAAAUAAAGUAAGAUCAAUUGUCAAAUGGGCAAAAAACAGUGUGAUUGUUAGUGAUGAACUGAGGAAACGCCAACUGAAUAAGGGAACUGCUAGUGGCAACCUAAAAAAAUUAAUUUUAGACGUUAGCACCAGGUGGAAUUCUGUAUUUUAUAUGCUCGAGAGGUUUGUGGAACUUUCUUCUUUAGUUAGUGAAAUAUUAUUAAGUAAACCGCAUGCACCAGCAAUGUUAACAGCGGUAGAAAUAUUACAGGUUAAAGAAGUUAUUUGUCUUCUCAGACCUUUAGAGUACAUUACGAGAGAAGCUUCUGGAGAAGAGUACAUUACAAUAUCAAAGAUCAUUCCAAUGUUGGCAUGUGUUUCAAAUCAGCUGGAUAUGAUUAAUUUAGAUUUGCCACUAGCAGAUAACCUAAAGUCAAAAAUUAAAACUGAACUAAAAAAGAGGUUUAGCAAAAUAGAGUAUAAUCACGCAAUUGCUGUAGCCACAUUACUUGAUCCAAGGUUUAAAAAUCUACAUUUUCAAGAACCACUGGCAGCAAGCAAAGUAGUUUCAUAUUUAAGAGAGCAACUUAAACAAGAAUACCGGGAGAUAUCAAGUGGGUCAGAUUCUGAAAGUAACUCUCAGGACAGUAGUUUUGAUUUUUGGAACUACCAUAAAAAAUUGGCACACUCUUCAGGUAGUACAAAACGUAGGAGAUUAGAAAAUGAUCAUUUACAAGAUGAAUUGUCUAUUUAUCUAGCAAAUCCAGUGGCUAAUUUAAAAUCGAACCCUUUAGAGCAAUGGGAAGAAAUGAAAACUUUAUUUCCACUGCUUUACAAACAAGCCAUGAAUUAUGGACCAAAUCAUCGUCCUGAUGUGCGUGUAAUUUGUAAAAUCGUAGAAAAGUUUGAACGUGAAUUUACUCUGCACGAUACGAAACUACCAACUAGACGCCGAAAUGCAAGAACUCAGGACAAUAUUGCUGCUGUAAGAGCCAGUGUAGUGGAGAAUGCAAAUGUGUCUGUAAAUCGUCGUUCUCAAGAACUUGGACUCACCAGAAUGACAACUUGGCGAAUUCUGAGAAGAUUUAGGCCUACAGCCUUACAAGAUUGUUCUACUCAAGAAUUGAAGCCACUUGAUCGUCAUAAGCGUCGUUUGUUCGCUGAUUGGGCUCUAGACAAACUCGAAAAUGAUGGCGAUUUUUUAAAAAAAUAA